AUGCCACUUUUUCGAUUCAAAGGAUCACAGAGCGACCUGGCCGCAUACACAAUGAAGAAAAGAAAAAGAAUCAAGUACCAGAAGCUUUUUGUUGACUUGAGAAUUAGGGAUAAUGUUUUCUUCUCCGGCUCCGGUUUUCUACGUGAAGUUGGUGUGUUUUGCAGAGGGAUGAAGCGUUUGCGAGACGAUGUGUAUGUGAACCCUCAAUAUAAGCGGCCAUUUAGUCCGGCAUCUCGUGUUGAAUCGCAUGCCCCGCCAAACCCUACCGUGGGCAGCAGCGGCUGCACUGGUGGAGUAGGUGGCGGCAGCAGUGUUAAUGGCGGUGCUGUAGAUAAUGGAGGUGGUGGUACAAGUGUUGCUGCUGCAAGUACACAAAAACUCAGCACUAAUGAUGCAUUGACUUAUUUGAAAGAGGUCAAGGACAUGUUUCAAGAUCAACGAGAAAAGUAUGAUAAGUUCCUUGAUGUAAUGGAAGAUAUUAAGGCACAAAGGAUCGAUACUGCUGCUUGCGUCAUAGGUAGAGUGAAAGAGUUAUUUAAAGGUCAUCCUAAUUUAAUUCUGGGGUUCAACACAUUUUUACCUAAGGGGUAUGAAAUUACCCUCACUGAUGAGGAUGAGGCUCCGCCGGAAAGGACGGUUGAGUUUGAAGAGGCAAUUAGUUUUGUCAACAAGAUCAAGGUUGCGACACUUUCUGAAGACCAUUCAGAUCUUCUUGAUGAGUUCACUAGAUUUUUGCCUGACACCUCAGCACAAGGAGGAAAAGAUAAGGAACGAUACAAUUUAAAAUAUUGGGAAAAGUCUAUUCAAGAGCUCGACCUUUCAAAUUGUCAACGUUGCACUCCCAGUUAUCGGCUACUUCCUAAAGAGUACCCGAUACCUACAGCUAGCCAGAAGUCAGACCUUGACGCCAAAGUUCUAAAUGAUCAUUGGGUGUCAUCUGGCAGUGAGGAUUACGCUUUUAAACACAUGCGGAGAAACCAGUAUGAAGAAAGCUUGUUUAGAUGUGAAGAUGAUAGAUUUGAGCUAGACAUGCUGUUGGAGACUGUCAGUUCAACUGUCAAGUGGGCAGAGGAGCUGUUGAACAGUACCAAUAAUAAUACGAUUGGUUCAGAUGGUCCUAUAAAAGUUGGGGAGUAUUUCUCAGCUUUAAACUUAAGAUGCAUUGCACGCCUAUAUGGCUACCAUGGUGUUGAUGUGGUGGACAUUUUGUGUAAAAAUGCGUCUCGGGCAUUGCCAGUUAUCCUAGUCCGUCUUAAGCAGAAGCAGGAGGAAUGGACCAAGUGCCGGUUGGAUUUCAACAAAAUAUGGGCUGAAAUAUAUUCACAAAACCAUUUCAAGUCUCUUGACCACCGGAGUUUCUACUUCAAGCAGCAAGAUCCAAAGAACUUGAGCGCAAAAGAUCUGUUUGAUAGCUCAUUAGUGGAGAAUGUUAAACUUGAAUUCUAUCUGGAUUUCCGUUCACUUAAAAUCUGCUUCUGCCUUGUACCUUUUGUUUUAUCAAUGAAAAAUCACUCUGGAGGAAUCUUUGCCAUUCUCUUUAUA